GGAUAUCCGUUGCUAGGGGGCGGAAGCGGCUGGCGGUGUUGAUACUAGAGUGAAGCAGCAGUGGAGGGAUGACGAACUGCGGGAGAAGAUAAAGCGAUUAGGCGAGCGGAGGAUAGCAGUGUGACGGAGACGGCCCCGUGACGGGCGGACAUGAGAUAGCGGAGUGGCUGAGGUUGAGCCUCAGAAGAGAUUAGCAUUGCCCGGAGGUGAGAUAAUGAACCCAUUCUGGAGCAUGUCAUCGGCUUCUGUACGGAAGAAACUGGACAAUGAGGAGAAGAUUGUAACGGGCGACCAGAAAAUCAGCCCCCCUCGCUCCUCCUCCAGCAAGAAGCAGCUUCCCUCCAUACCGAAGAAUGCAGUCCCCAUCACCAAACCCAUCUCUCCGGCCCCUGCGGUGCAGUCCACUAAUGGCACCCAUGCGUCCUACGGGCCGUUCUACCUCGAGUAUUCCCUACUGGCAGAGUUUACUCUGGUUGUGAAGCAGAAGCUUCCGGGUGUCUACGUGCAGCCGUCGUAUCGCUCUGCUCUAAUGUGGUUUGGUGUGAUCUUCAUCAGACAUGGCCUCUACCAGGACGGCGUUUUUAAAUUCACAGUGUACAUCCCUGACAACUAUCCCGACGGGGAGUGUCCGCGCCUUGUCUUUGACAUCCCCGUCUUCCACCCUCUCGUGGAUCCCAUCUCCGGCGAACUGGAUGUAAAAAGAGCGUUUGCAAAGUGGAGGAGAAACCACAACCACGUAUGGCAGGUGCUCAUGUACGCCAGGCGGAUCUUCUACAAGAUAGAAACGACCAUCCCUUUGAACCCAGAAGCUGCAGUGCUAUAUGACAAAGAUGUUCAGCUGUUUAAGAGCAAAGUGGUAGACAGUGUUAAACUAUGCAACAGCCACUUAUUCGACCAGCCGAAAAUAGAAGAUCCCUAUGCAAUUAUGUUUUCCCCCUGGAAUCCUGCACUACACGAUGAAGCCAGAGAAAAAAUGUUGGCACAAAAAAGGAAAUCUGAGGAGCAGAAUAAAAGCCUCCAUGCUACUGGUCUGUCCUGGGUGAAGCCCGGAUCUGUCCUUCCGUUCAGUAAAGAGGAGAACGCUCUGCAGACCUAACGCCGGCUGCUCUCAAAGCGGAAAAGGGGGCGACCAGUGGACUCCAGCUCUUAACGAUGGCUUUGACUAUAUGGAAGAAGACGGGGUCUGUCUUACUUUCCUCCAUAAAGAGCAGGCUUUCAGUUUUUACCUUGCGGAUCUCCAACCAGGAUUUUAACCUCAUCUGGAACCGAUGUGUUUCAUAUCAAUUUAUUUUUAAUCCCUGCGCUCCUGGAUGGCGGAGGAGAAGCUGAAUGUUAGCAGAAGGGUGGGGUCUGCAUUUGCGGGAUCCUGCUGAGCCCCCCCAGGAAUUGCAUGCACGCUUCGGCUUCUUUCUGCAGAGCUUUUUGGCAAUGAGCGAGAUGUUUGCCCCUUUAUUGGAUGCACCUGCGGGAUUGGAUAGGGGUUGUGAUGAACUAGACACUACAUAUAUCUGAUGUCUGUAGGAUAAUGGUUUUAAUAAUGCCUUUCUUUUGUCGUGUAAAUACAGUUAGAAUAUUAAAAUUGUAAAUACCAUGUUUGAUAACUCCACAUCUAGCACUUUUUUUUUUUUUUUUUUUUGAAGGGGGGAGGUUUGGAAAUUGACGUCUUACAGAGCACCCGGGGACGGACAUGUUUGUGAGCGGAACCAAGGUCUGCACUGUUGUAGCGAGUGAUCAGCUGCUGGCUCCACCCACAAAAUGGCUGCUCCCAGUGUGCAUGGAUUACAGGCUUGCUUUAUUGGGUGAAGGGGUACACGGCAGUACCUGUCACACAAGCACACAUCAGUCCUGGUGAGAGGAAUAGGGAAUGUUUAUAUAUAUUUUUUUUCCUUUUAAUCACUUGUGUUUUAUGUUCAUUCAAUAAACGGAAACAUUUGUUGCCAUUGCUGCUUGAUACAGAGACUAAUGUGUGUUCUGCUCGUGGCAGGGAAGGGUUAACCUCCGAUUUUAAUAAUUCUCUUGCUUUUUGUAUCCUGUUAGGACUAUUUGUAGGAGCAGACACCAGGGAAUGUAACCUCAGAUUCUUUUAUCUACAGACUUGUGCUGCAAACUUUUUAACCAUUAGAAAGCAGGUAAUGUGAUGUGCACAGCGACAGACGGGUGUAGUCACCAAAUCUCCUUAAUAAAUCCUAAUGGCACAAUGAAAUCUACUCUUAAAGGGUUUGUCCACCUUCACAACCAACUCUUGUUGUUGUCCGAAUGCAUCUAAAAUGAAGUGACUUUGCAAUAGGUCUUCAUUGAUGAUUUCCAGUCUUUUUGGUGCAGUUAUUUCCAUGGUAACACACCGCAGACAAACCCUUCUUCCACCUGUUCCCAACUUUAACUACGUUCAGUGGGUUACCAAGAAUUAGGGGGGUGAUGGAAGAAACUGACCACAGGAUCAGUGUACGCAGGGUUUCUGUUACCAUGGAGACACAUAGGUUUGCAUAGGAGCUGUAGAAACAAAACCUUGAAGGGGUAUUCCCAUAUUAGACAAUGGGGGCAUAGCGCUAGGAUAUGCCCCCAUUGUCUAAUAGGUGCGGGU